AGUGAAGUUCUCAUUCCGGAAGUGGCACUUUCUCUUUGAUCUUCCGAGAAGGUUCCCGGGGCAUCAAAACAAAAACAGCACUCCCACACAGGCAGUAGCUUAUGUCAUUGAGGGCUGCUGCCGUUAGAUUUGGCUUUGCUGCGUCACCAUGCAGCUAAAAUCAUGUUGGAUUUACACCAUCGGAGUUUCUUCUAUUCUUCUCCUGAUCUCGGGCAUUGUUUUGGUCCUCUCCAACGUGUUUCCACUUCUCACCCAGUCGUUGGUUGAAAAGGAAGUCGUUUUGAAGAAUGGCACUGAGGCUUUUGAGGCCUGGAAAGAUCCACCGGCACCCAUUUACAUGCAGUUUUACUUCUUUAAUCUGACCAACCCACUGGAGGUGCUGGAUGGGGAGAGGCCUGCUGUGCUCGAGAUCGGUCCAUAUACUUACAGAGAGUAUCGGCCCAUGGAGCAAGUGGACUUCCAGGAUAAUGGCACGAAAGUCGCGGCUGUCAACACGAAGACGUACGUAUUUCAGCGUAACAUGUCCCGAGGUCCGGAGAGUGAACUCAUCAGGACGGUCAAUAUUCCUGCAAUGACGGUGAUGGAGCAAUUCAAGGACCAGCCACUUAUGGCCAAUCUGAUCUCCUCCUACAUGAGGUCCACCGACGAAGGCUUGUUCUCCACCCACACAGUGGGAGAGCUGCUGUGGGGAUACGAAGACGCCCUGCUCAAAGCUCUCAAAACCCUAAAGCCUGAUUUGGAUGAUGUAUUCGGACUCUUCUAUAAGAACAAUGCUUCCAACGACGGUCAAUAUGUUUUCUUCACUGGCCAGCAAAACUACAAGGACUUUGCCAGAGUGGACACGUGGAACGGUGACAGAACACUGAGUUGGUGGACAUCUGAUGAGUGCAAUAUGAUCAAUGGAACCAAUGGAGCCUCUUUCCAUCCCGUCAUCGCCAAGAAUGAGACUCUCUACAUGUUCUCCUCUGACCUGUGCAGGUCUCUGUACGCUCUGUACGAGGAGGACGUGACGGUAAAGGGGGUCCCUGCGUAUCGCUUCAGUCCGCCCAGCGAGGUUUUUGCCAAUCACACCGUGAACCCGGCCAACGCAGGCUUCUGUGUCCCCAUUGGGAACUGCCUGGGCUCCGGCGUGCUGAACGUCAGCCCAUGCAAACAAGGAGCUCCCAUCGUAAUGUCUUCGCCACACUUCUACCAGGCGGAUGAGAAGUACGUUCAGGACGUCUUUGGAAUGAGGCCUCAGAAGGAGCAGCAUCAGACCAUUAUCGACAUCCAUCCGCUAACAGGAAUCAUCCUACAAGCAGCAAAGCGGCUCCAGGUCAACGUGUUUAUCGAGAAAAUCCCCAGCUUCAGUGAAACAGGAAAUGUGAGGGCAGUGACGCUUCCUGUGGUUUAUCUCAACGAGAGCGCCCUCAUUGAUGACGCGUCGGCGGCCAAGCUGCACAAGGUCAUUGUCCAGCAGAACGUGGUGGUGAACAUUCCCUUCAUGUUUAUUGGUCUAGGCAUCAUCCUGGGAGGAGUCUUUAUGUUCCUGAUGUGUCGACAGAAGGUCCCCGAGAGCUCGGCGGCUGAACGGCAGCCGCUGCUGUCGUCAUAGCACCAAACACUACGUAAAAUGAAAGAGCAUUGCCAUAUUUGCAUUAGAUUUCACGUGUUGUUCCGUUUAAAUCAUUAAUCCCAAGUAAUGGUUUACAUUCAGAUUUUCUAUGCGGUUCAACGAUUUUAGGAAACAAAGUGAAAAGGUUAGGUACAGAGAUGUGAAUAAUGUCUUCCUUACAAGUCCAGUGGAAUGAUCAUGAAAUAAAAGCAUUUAAAAAAAGAAAAUUGUUAAAAACAAAUGAACAACUUGAAUUGGGCGGAUUAAAUCGAUCACCAAAUCUAAUUUGAAUGAUCUUUGGAGUACGCUCUGAACUGAUCACACCUUCAGGAAUUUAAGUUAAGUGUUAGUGAUUAACCAUAACCAAUAUUUGUGUAAUAUCAGUCUUUCUGAGUGUGAACAUACGAUGCAUGUCUAUACGACUGACCUGCAUGUUGUGUAGAACAGUCUGGUUUUGUUGUUGGUUGUUGAUGACAACAAGAAGAAAAUUUGUACAGCAGUUUUAUUAGCUAAGAUAAAAAUGAUAAAGAUCCUUUCUUUUUCUUUUCCCACGUCAAGGUUUUUAAUUUCCCGCAAAAGCUGUCAUUUGUGAAAAAAAACUGCAUAAUUUUUUAUUACUGUCUUAAACCUUUACCUCUGAGUUUCCUUUUUUUAAACCUUACACCCGUGUUACCUUCAGUGGAAAUCCAGUGAUCCACAAUAUAGAAAUCCUCUGGAAUCACAUCCAAAAGUAUUAAACAGUAUUUAUUUGGUGCACAGUAAAAUAUCUUCUUUUCCCUAAUUGGUUGUUAAAACUUUGCCAUAAAUGUGAUAAUUUUGAAUCUUACUACUGAUAUUAUCCUAAGAUCCUUGUUAGAACAGUCUCAUGUUAGUGACAGGGCGUUUUAAUCACUCUGGAUUUUCUAUAAUUUUAUUUUUAAAUGCUGCACUUUUUAAGACUUGUUUCAGAUUACAUCUUUUUUUGUAUUAGGUCACAGCUGAUAAGAUGAAAAUAAAAAAGGAUUUUCUGGUCCAUAACUAGUGCUUUUACAAAGUGUAAUUUGCUAUUUGACCACUGACAGAUCGCCUUGUGUUCAUUUUGUUUGGGUCCUUGUUUACAACACUAAUCUUACGUAGUAAAAUCCAUGUGUAAUAACUGUUCCUGUACUCUCAAUAGGUCACAUAUAACAAUUUGCACAUUGUCUUACCGCUUGCUUAACUUCAAUAAACCUGGUGUGCUUCA